AUGAUCCCUUGUUGUUGGAUCUGCUUUGUUGUUGUUGUUUUGUCGCAACUUGUUGCUGCUCUACAACAACCUCCUGUUAUUUUGUUGCAACACUCUGUGGACACCUCUGUUUGUAACCCUGCGGGGUCCAUUUCAGUUGAUCUCUCUUUUGAUGGACCUAAUGACAACAUUGCCUGGACUGUGGUUGCUCGCAAGCGGAAGGGGAAGUCUUCUCCCCUGCCCCAAACACCCCCCCGUUGGGUUUGGAAGAAAUCUCUCUUAGUAAAUGGCAAAGGAUUCACUGUGUUUGAUUCAUUGGGAAAUCUGGUUUUCAGAGUGGAUAAUUAUGCAUUCAACGCCAAAAAUGAAGAACUUCUUAUGGAUGGUGUAGGCCAGCUUCUUCUCACAUUGAGGCGCAAGAAAUGGAGUGUUGGGAAAAGAUGGGAAGCAUUUAAAGGAGAUCCCAUGGAGUCUGAGAAGCCCACAUUUAGCCUUAUAAAGUCGCUGGGAUUCUCAAACAAGAUUACUGCCAAUAUAUUUGCAAAUGGAAGUAGAAAAACUAAGCUUGGCGAUUACCAGAUCAAAGGGUUGUGCAAGGCAUCCUUCACAAUAUUCAGUGCCUCAGGAGAGAUCAUUGCACAGGUUAAACGAAAGGAGGCCAAAUCAAAUCUAAUGCUGGGGAACGAUAUUCUGAAUCUGGUUGUAGAAGCGGGAGUGGAUCAAGCCUUUGUAAUGGGGCUGCUUAUUAUCUUUCAUCAGAUUAGUUGA